CUCUGCUGACGUUCGAAGAUGAGUUAACGGUUAGCUGAAGAUGAUACCGGGUGUGGGCGGAGUGCCACGAGCGCGGUUACUUGCACUUCUCCUCCUAGCGCUGGUGGAAGUGAUAGCGCGCGCUCUAGGCGACCCCGCUCCCUACAUCGCCGGCAGCAGCAGCAGCAGCGGCACUUUCCUUGAUGCUGUUGUUGGUGGUGGUGCCGUAAGCACCACUAGCAAUGACGUUACGGCCGAACCGGUCCGCCAUCAGCGUUCGGCAUCGGGCCGGGCGGCGCAACCACCACCGUACAGCUUUCACUUUGCCCACGCGGUGUACAAUGUGUCGAUACCGGAGAACAGCGUCAUCAAGACGUACGCGGUGCAGCCGCCGAACGAGCCGCGCAUGGGCCUGCACGUGACGCCCGACCUGGAGGUGCGGUACAAGAUAGUGGCGGGCGAUAAGGACCGCUUCUUCAAGGCGGAAGAGCGCGCGGUCGGCGAUUUUGUGUUUCUUGCGAUCCGCCUGCGCACCAACAACAUUGUGCUGAACCGCGAGAAAGGUGACAGCUACCGGCUGGAGGUGAAGGCGACCGGGACGCGCCGGGAAGGGAAAAGCCGCACCACGCUCGAGGCGGACACGACGAUCGAUGUGCGGGUGCUGGACGCGAACGAUCUGAGCCCACUGUUCUACCCGACCGAGUACGCGGUCGCGAUAACGGAGGAUACGCCGCUGCACAAAAGCAUCCUGCACGUGGUGGCGGAGGAUGCCGACCUGGGGCUGAACGGCGAGAUCUACUACAGCAUCCUGGACGAGACGGAGCAGUUCGCGGUCCACCCGACGACGGGCGUGAUAACGCUGACGCGGCCGCUCCGGUUCGCGGAACGGGUGCUGCACGAGCUGACGGUGGUGGCGAACGAUCGCGGCAUCGGAUCAACGAGCCGGAAUCAGGCGAGCAAGGCGCGGGUGAAAAUUAAGGUUCUGCAGGUGAAUCUGUUCGCGCCGGAUAUUUACGUACAGGCGCUGCCGGACAUACUGGAAAACUCCAACACAAACAUCUUCGGCAUCGUGCGCGUCACGGACAAGGAUAAGGGUGUGCACGGGCAGAUCAAGAGCCUGGACAUUGUGGACGGCGAUCCGGAUGGGCACUUCCGCAUCAAGCCGACCGACCGCCCGGGGGAGUAUGUGAUCGAGGUGCACCGGUUGCUGGAUCGGGAAACAGCCCCCGCCGGCUACAACCUGACGCUGCGGGCCGUCGAUCGGGGUGUGCCGCCGAAGCAGAGCUACCUCGUGACACCGGUCCGGCUCGCCGACAUCAACGACAAUGCGCCCGUGUUUAAUCGUGAAAUUUACGAAGUGUCGGUGCCGGAAACGUCACCACCUAACACGCCCGUCAUCCGGCUGAAGGUGACGGAUCGGGACGAGGGCAAGAACGCGAAGGUGUUCCUGGAGAUUGUCGGCGGCAAUGAGGGGGGCGAGUUUCGGGUGAACCCGGAGACGGGUAUGCUGUACACGGCCGUGCCGCUGGAUGCGGAGCUGAAGGCGUUCUACACGCUCACCGUGUCGGCGAUCGAUCAGGGCAACCCGGGCACGCGCAAGCAGUCCUCGGCGAAGGUGAAAAUCAACGUGCAGGACACGAACGAUAACGAUCCGAUCUUCGAGACGGCUAAUUUGACGAUCUACGUGGAUGAGAAUGAACCGGCCGGCACCUCGGUAACGAAGGUGACGGCGCGGGAUAAGGAUCUGGGCGAGAAUGCGUACAUCUCGUACAGCAUCGCUAACCUGAACGAUGUGCCGUUCGAUAUUGAUCAUUUCUCGGGGACGGUGCGCACCUCAAAGCUGCUCGACUACGAGAGCAUGCGGCGCGAGUAUGUGCUGCGGGUGCGUGCCUCCGACUGGGGCCUUCCCUACCGGCGGCAGACGGAGAUGCAGCUCGUGAUUAAGCUGCGCGACGUGAACGACAACCGGCCACAGUUCGAGCGGAUCGACUGUCUCGGCCGGAUACCGCGCUACACACCGAUCGGGACGGAGAUCUUCACGCUGUCGGCGCUCGACUUUGACUAUGGCAGCGUGGUGACGUACCGGUUGCUGUCCGGGUUUGAGGACGGUUGCUUCAAUCUCGACUCGGUGACGGGCAUCAUCUCGGUCGGGUGCGAUCUGAACGAUGUCGGUGUGGAGCAGCGCGAGCUGAACGUGACCGCGACGGACGGGACGCACUUUGCCGAUACGGCACGCAUUCAGAUCAGCUUGGUGCGCAACCGGCGAAACCUGGGCGCAAACCUGAAGGCGGAAGACGGCGCUACGUUCGAGUGUCGGGAGACGGGUGUCGCGCAACGGUUGACGGAAAUUAUGGCCGCGGCCGAGCGGAACAAUAUGCCCGGUCGGGAAGCAGGUGCUAGUGGGGGAGCUGCCGAUGAUUUCGCCAUGAUGCCGAGUCGGUACGGGGAGAAUGUGCACGCGCCAGAGUUUGUUGAUCUGCCGCUGGAGGUUAAGAUCAAUGAGUCGGUACCGCUCGGUACGACGAUUACCUGGAUUAAGGCGCGCGAUCGAGACCUUGGCUACAAUGGGAAGCUCGUGUUUGGCAUCUCCGGUGGGGACGACGACUCCGUGUUCCGGCUCGACCCAGACAACGGGGAGCUGAAGAUCAUCGGCUAUCUGGACCGCGAGCGGCAGGACGAGUAUCUGCUCAACAUCACGGUGUACGAUCUCGGCAAGCCCCAGAAAUCCAUCUCCAAAAUCUUGCCCCUCACCAUCCUGGACGAGAACGACAAUGUGCCGAAGUUCGAGAAGUCGCUGGCGAGCUUCCGCGUGACGGAGAACGCCAUCAACGGCACGAUCAUCUUUCGCGUGAAGGCAACGGAUGCGGACCUGGGCCAGAAUGCCAAGAUCACGUACAGCCUGGUGACGGACACGAAAGACUUCCGGGUGGAUCCGGAGACGGGGGUGCUGACCGUGGUGGCGCCGCUCGAUCGCGAACGGCAGGAGGUGUACGAGCUGAAGAUACGCGCCACGGAUGGGGGUGGCGAUCAGAACACGCCCGCCCUGUACUCGGACGCGCUGGUGCGCGUAACCGUCGACGACAUCAACGACAAUGCGCCCGAGUUUGCGGUGCAGGACCUGACGGUGCGCAUACGGGAGGAUGUACCGCGCGGCACGGUAGUGACGGUAGUGUCCGCGAUCGAUCUCGACAGCGGCACGAGCAGUGAGAUUGUGUACAGCUUCGGCGAGAACGGUGACGGGGAGGGCUCGUUCCGGAUCGACAAGCAGUCGGGCACGAUACGGACCGCGCGGAUGCUCGACUUUGAGGAGCGGCAGGUGCACAGUUUGAUCGUGAAAGCGAUCGACCGGGGCACACCGUCCCUGUCGUCGGAAACGUCGGUGAUAGUGGAGGUGAUCGAUGUGAACGAGAAUCGGUUCGCGCCUCAGUUUGAGGACUACGUGCUGACGGGUGCGAUCGCGGAGAACAAGCCGCCCGGUGCGCAGGUGAUGCAGGUACUGGCGAAGGAUGCCGAUCUGCCCGGGCCGGACUCGCGCGUCACGUACUCGAUCAAGGGUGGCGAUGGGCUCGGCAUCUUCACGAUCGACAAUGAAGGAACGAUACGCACACUGGCCUCAUUGGAUCUGGAAACGAAGCCGAACUACUGGCUGACGGUUUGCGCACAGGCAGCCGUUGUUCCGCUGCACUCUUGCGUACAGGUUUACAUCGAGGUGCAGAACGAAAACGAUAACGUGCCGCUCACCGGGACGCUGUACUAUCCCUCGGUACCGGAAAACCCGCCGAACGUGAAGGUCCUGCAGCUAGCGGCCGAAGAUCGAGAUAUCGAUCCACUGCAGCAGAUUUCCUAUCGCAUUAUCUCCGGCAAUCCGGAGGGCAACUUCGCCAUCAACAGCACCAGCGGGCUAAUAACUACCACCGCGCGAAAGCUGGAUCGGGAAAAUCAACCUGACAUAUACUUGAGGUAA